AUGUCGCUGAACAAGGUCUGGGAUUCUGCCGGUGGAACGCCCUUCUAUCCCCUUGUGUCGAAGGAUAGUCACUUCUUCGUUGCUCUCACCCUCCUAUUGACCAAUCGAUCCUUUGUCAGUGUACCAUUGUUUGGUGUGCCGGCUUCGUUGGCAUUUGGGUAUGCACCUUUAACAUUACUCCUAAUGUAA